AAGAAGAGAAAAGUCCAUACCCGCGACCCAAACCAAGAACGGAAGUAGGGUAACAAGACAGGUCUUUCAGUUUUAGAGCAAAGCCCUGCGUGCCGGUGCUUCUUACAGUAACUUCUCCCCUUCGUUCCACGGCGCCGCCCACAUGCCUCGGCCGGGUAACGGACUCGGGCGGCUUUCGUGACUUCUCCUUCUGCCCACGCGAGACUCAAUAACCUCGCCGGUCAACUGCUCAGUCGAGCUCCGUCGGACGCUCGAGGCCGUUUGCUUUCGUUCGGCGCACAGCUGAGUCCGUGCUCCGUCCAGAUUCCCCUGCCCAAUUGCUCCCCCAACAGUGACGGCAAUGAGCAAAAGGAAGCGGCCCGACUCGAAUGUUCCUCCUUCUCAGUCCAUGACUGAGCAAGAGAAGAUUCUCUAUAGUCUAAUCCAGAGUAAGCAAGACUCAGGCAUCUGGUCGAGAGACAUGAAGCGGGAGACCAGCCUCCCCGACAAUGUCGUCGAUAAGUCCCUCAAGUCCCUUCUCAGCAAAGGUCUGAUCAAGGAGGUGGUCAAUGUCCAGUUCAAGGGGCGGAAGCACUACCUCGCGUCCGAGUUCGAGCCCUCCCCUGAGCUCACUGGCGGGAAGUGGUACAACGAGGAAGGGAGGCUCGAGUCUGAGUUCAUCAACUUCCUCAAGGACCAAUGCCUGAAGCACAUCAGGAAUCUAAAGAUUGCGACAGUGGACAUGGUCGCGGACACCAUCCAGCGGUCCCGGGUCCUGAAGGUCGAGUACUCAAGCCACGAGAUUGGGGAUAUUGUGAGGGCAUUGGUUUUGGACAACGAUGUGAUUGAAAUGAGGAGCAAUGGAGUUGGGGAGUUUGCUUCCAUCCCGACUGGCAGGAUGUGUUAUAAGUGUAGUAGGUCGCCUGAUGCGGCGAAGGAAGCAAGAGUUGGGGCGAUGGCUUCCAUACCUUGCGGGGUGUGCCCACGGAUAGCCCAUUGUACGCCCGGCGGCAUCAUUUCACCGACGACUUGCGAAUAUUAUACCAGUAAAAUACGGACGAUGGACAGCUUGCUUUCACAUCCAGGGAUCAGGCCUGUGACUUGCGCUUAGUCGUGGACAGAGUGAUCAUUGGCGGUCGCGCAAGAGGUUCUCCAAUGGCGCCGAAGCUUCCUCCUCUCGCCGAAGCUCUCCCCGCUCAAAGGAGAUGCCACGAGCUUCCACGAGUCUCCGUUGCGAGGCCCUACGAACAGAGCGUGUCUGGUACUCUUAGAGGAUGAGGCCAGCGACGGCGGUGAAUGGUUAUGAGCGGAUGGCGUUUAGGAGGUGGCUGGAUUUCAUAGGAGAGAUCGUAGGUGAACGGGCAGAGGGACCAUCGGGAGGACUGUGAGGCGACCGGGAGAAGAGAUGAACGGAGAAGGUGAGAUCUGGCUUCGUCUCCGGAGGGCAUCCUCUCGAGCCAGCCUUCAAACUCUCAAAAACCAGCGAGACCUCCGUCAAAAUGGUCGAACGCUCCCCUAUUUCAUGAACAAGCACUGAUUGAGCAUGCUUUCCUUCUCUCUCCCUUUGAAAUUGUUUCCGCCAAGAGAAAAAGACCCGGCAUGCUCCUCACGCCUUUAUUUAUGGGAUAACGACCUAUAUGAUUUAUUAAUUUUGGCUCAACAUGCAAUAUGAUUCUUGUAAUUUUAAUUUGUUCAA